GUUUACUACCAACAGUCUGGGAGUCCAUGGGAGGAAGUCACUGAGAUUGGGAAACGGACAACUCCACACGGUGCCGGGAAAAAGAAGAAGAAGAAAACAAACUGGGAAAGAGAAUAAGUCAAUACGUCGCUUUUCCUCAUUGGGAAUAGUAAAACAAUUUAGUUUGGAAUAUGGACUAAAGGCGCCGGGUUUGACCAGAUGGAGGCGGCGAGAAGUUUGUUGUUUGUCGGGGCCGUUCUGCUCGGCGUUACGGGCGCUUUGGGCAGAGAAGUAUGCCUGGGGACGGACAUGAGGCUGGCCCUGCCCUCCAGCCUGGAAAAUCACUAUGAGACCCUGAGACUGCUUUACACAGGCUGCCAGGUUGUCCAUGGCAACCUGGAGAUUACACACCUUCACGGAAACCCCGACCUCUCCUUCCUACAGGGAAUCGUAGAGGUGCAGGGUUAUGUACUUGUUGCACAUGUUUCGGUGAGCCUCAUGCCUUUGGACAACCUUCGGAUCAUAAGAGGCAGUCAGCUGUACAACUCCAACUAUUCACUGGUUGUGGUGAAUAACACUCUGGGCAAUCAGGGGCUGAGGACCCUCAGGCUUCGUAGCCUCUCAGAGAUCCUGUUAGGUGGAGUGUAUAUUUGGGGGAAUCCUCAGCUGUGCUUCCCGAACCAGGAGAGCAUCGAUUGGAAAGACACAUUGGACAAAGACAACCACUUCAGGGAAAUCCGGAAACUGCAGGCUCGGGCCCCUGAAUGUCCAAACUGUUUCUCUACAUGUAAGGGACGCUGCUGGGGAGAAACAGCACAGGACUGUCAAACAUUGACCGGAAUUAACUGUGCGUCUGGCUGUCAGCGAUGUAAAGGUCCUCUAUCCAAUGACUGCUGUCACAGGCAGUGUGCUGCUGGUUGCACAGGACCCAAAGACUCAGACUGCCUGGCGUGCCGUCACUUCAACGACAGUGGAGUGUGUAAGGAGAACUGUCCCCCUCCGACCAUCUAUGAUCCUGUCACCUUUCAGACCAAACCCAACCCAGACAAAAAGUUUAACUUUGGAGCCACCUGCGUCAAGACCUGUCCUUAUAACUAUCUGGCAAUGGAAGUGGCCUGUACUUUGGUUUGCCCCCGAGCCAACCAGGAAGUUAUCAUCACCCAACCUGACGGAAAUGAGACGCAGAAAUGUGAAAAGUGUGAAGGAGACUGUCCCAAAGUGUGUUACGGUCUGGGUAUGGACAGCCAAGGUGUCAUGGACAACCACGGUGUCACCAUGGUCACAUCAUCUAAUGUGGAGCAGUUUAACAAGUGUAAGAAGAUUUUUGGAAGUCUUGCUUUCCGCCGUCAGAGCUUUACAAGAGAUCCUGUGACCAACACAUCUGGCCUGACUUUGGAGCAGCUGAGCGCCUUCAAGAAACUAGAGGAGAUAACAGGUUAUUUGUACAUUGAUGCCUGGCCAGAGGAGUGGACUGACCUCAGCAUUUUUGAGAAUUUGAAAGUGAUCAGAGGCAGGAUGCUCUACAUGGGUGUGUUCUCACUGGCCAUCCAGAAUCUCCACAUUCAGUCUCUUGGCUUGCGUUCUCUGCGUAGCGUCAGUGGAGGAUUGGUCUUGGUAUACAACAAUUCGCAGUUGUGCUACACCAGUUCACUGCAUUGGGGGAAUCUCCUCCAUCCCACCCAGGGACCCCACCUUAUUGUCCCCCACAACCAAAACCCCCAAGUUUGUGAGAGUGAGGGGCAUGUGUGUCACUCACUGUGUGAGGGGGGCUGUUGGGGUCCAGGGCCCAGCCAAUGUGUGUCCUGCAAAUCUUUCCAGCGUGGCACUGAGUGUGUAGAACAGUGUGACAUCUAUCAAGGGUCUGUGCGUGAAUACACUGAUGGAUCUUUGUGCCUUCCCUGUGAUGCAGAGUGUCGACCUCUCAAUGGCUCUGCCUCCUGCCACGGCCCGGGUCCAGAGCAUUGCACUGAGUGUCGAAACUUUCAAGAUGGAGAGCACUGUGUGGAACACUGUCCCAGUGGUGUGAAGGAAGAUCAGCUAACUGUAUGGAAGUACAGCAACUCUACCGGACACUGUCUGCCCUGCAACACUAACUGCACGUUAUUGUGUACCGUGAUGGAUGAGAAAGGCUGCCCCAUCGAUACCAGGACUGGGUCAGGUACAACCGUUGCUGCUGCAGUGGGUGGAGUGGUACUCUUCUUCAUCCUGCUGGCCCUCCUGGUCUUUUAUCUGAGGAGACAGAACAAGUUAAAGAGGAAGGAGACAGUUAGAAGGUACCUGCAAGAGCAGGAGCUGGUGGAGCCUUUAACACCAAGUGGUGCAUCUCCAAAUCAAGCUCAGAUGCGUAUCCUGAAAGAGACUGAGUUGAAAAAACUCAGGAUUCUGGGCGCAGGGGCCUUUGGUACUGUUUACAAGGGGAUGUGGGCUCCUGAAGGGGAAAGUGUGAAGAUUCCUGUGGCCAUUAAGGUGUUGCGGGAGAACACCUCACCAAAGGCUAAUAAAGAAAUCCUUGAUGAGGCCUAUGUGAUGGCGGGGGUCACCAGCCCUUAUGUCUGUCGUCUCCUCGGGAUUUGUUUGACCUCCACUGUGCAGCUGGUUACUCAGCUGAUGCCAUUUGGCUGCCUCCUCGACUAUGUCAGGGAGAACAAGGACCGUAUUGGUUCGCAGGUCCUCCUCAACUGGUGUGUCCAGAUUGCCAAGGGGAUGAGUUAUCUGGAGGACAUCCGGUUGGUCCACAGAGAUCUGGCAGCCCGCAAUGUCCUGGUGAAGAACCCAAACCACGUGAAGAUCACGGACUUCGGUUUGGCGCGUUUGCUUGAUAUAGAUGAGACCGAGUAUCACGCUGAUGGAGGGAAGGUGCCGAUAAAAUGGAUGGCUUUGGAGUCUAUUAUGCACAGAAAGUUCACUCAUCAGAGUGAUGUCUGGAGUUACGGGGUGACGGUUUGGGAGUUGAUGACAUUUGGCUCUAAGCCCUACGACACAAUCCCAGCGAGAGAAAUCCCAGAUGUAUUAGAGGGGGGAGAGCGGCUUCCCCAGCCCCCCAUCUGCACCAUCGACGUCUACAUGAUCAUGGUGAAAUGUUGGAUGAUUGACCCAGACAGCAGGCCGAAGUUUAAAGACCUUGUUAGUGACUUUAGUGCCAUGGCCAGAGAUCCAUCUCGCUAUUUAGUCAUCAAGAAUGAUGAGCAGAUGAGCAUGAACAGCCCAGUGGACAGUCAGUUUUAUCGGAUGCUUCUGGAAGAGGGGGACAACAUGGGAGAAAUGAUGGAUGCUGAGGAGUAUCUGGUUCCCCAACCAAACCUCUUCCCCAGGAUUAAAGGAGACGAGCCUCAGGCCAACGGUCCAUCCAGGCACCAGUCAUACAGGCAGAGUAGAGAUCAAGGCUUAGAUGUUGAGCCCUCUGCAGCCGGUGGCUCUCGGAGCAUGUACUCCUCCCUGAGCACUCUUGGCCACAGCCAGUACCCCACAUUACCGAGAGGAGCCAGCACUGCUAACGGCGCAUGGGCACAGUACCCAGUACUGGUUCGUAGCCCGUCAGCAGGAGGGCAGUCUGACUCGGUCUUCCUGGAUGUGCCAGAUGGCCAGUCGUUGCCCCCAGCCAGCCCUGGACGCUACUGCAAAGAUCCCACCUAUCCCAAUGGGAGCCAGGAUGGCCUGGAGACUGAUGGGCCUAAUGGCUUUCAUCAGAGUCACCAUCUUCAUCACUCACUGCCCAGACGGAGUCAUGGCUACAAUCAUAAUCAUGUCUUGCCAGAGUACGUCAACCAGGAGGUUCAGGAUCUCAGGCCAGUGAUCCCAGAACGCCCCACCACUCUUCCCCGUAAAGGAUCCAAAAUAGACAGACAUCUCCCCAACGGUCUGGGCUCAGGUCACAGUGUGGAAAACCCAGGUUACCUGGUCCCUGGUAGCUCCACCUCACCUGCCUUCGACAACCCAUACUACCUGGACCUUGUGGCCAAAGCCAUAGCCAGUGCUCCUGGGGUUGUAGAGGUAGACGGCCCUGCAGCUCUGGAGAGUGACGGAGGAGGCGUCAGGCUUGUGAAUGGGUUUGUGACGCCCACUGCAGAAAAUCCAGAGUAUCUUGGACUAGCAGACACCUGGAGUGGGCAUACAUGAGGAGAAAGAGACUGGGAAGUGAAGAGGAAUCACAGACUUGGUUCUGUUUUGGAAAGGAGAGAAAGGGAAGAUGAAUAUUUGUGUCAUAGGUAUGAGUGGGGAGUGUGUUUGAAACAGGGCCCAAUAUGGACACAUCAGUGUCAAACAGAAGCACCAGAGUUGAAAACAUUGGAAGCUUUCCAUCAAAAGUCACCACUGACUUACAACAAUGUAGCAUUAAUGAUGUAUGUGGCUUCGUUGUCACUCCCUCAACAAUCUGUGACAGUUCAGUGCCAAAAAGUUGUAAAUAUAAAAACACUUUUGUGAAAAACACUUGAUGGUACAUUGAGGAUGUGAUCACAGAAUCAGUUGAAAGAUAUAAAGAAUGCAGAUUUAUUAUUUUUCUAAUAAUGAUAUUCUUUUAAUGUCUGGUUUCUGUGGUUGUUUCUGCCACAUGUGGAUUACAUGUGAAUUAGUUGUAUUUUCCUCUGCUCCUCCAGAUCACAACAUGCACACUUUGACAAAGCCAACCAUGAUAAGCAUUGAAGAUAAUGUUUAGUAUUCUGGUCACUUUCUCCCAGACCUGAUUGGGGUCUCCACCACUCAAAGCCAUUUUGUUUUGGACGGAGAAAGCCCUGCAACCCAUCUGGCCUUUACACAUUCUCCCUGAAAGAAAGGCAUCCUGUAUGGAGAAGACAGCGGCAUUGUGCUCGCUGAUGUAUUUGCUUGUUAGUGGAUAUGGCUGCAGCCACUUCCUAGUACAAGAAAUCAGUUGUGAGGUACUAGUAGACCUUUUAAGCUGCAUGAAUUAUGUUUUUGUCAUUAAGACAUAGUGAAAAAGGAGGUUAAAGCUAACCUUUCAAAGAAGGUCAGUUUUUGACAAACGUAGGGAGAUUAUCUUGCAUUAAAAGUAUGCAAAAUGCACUACACACUAGGAUACUGUGUAUGCCUCCCGAGCCCGUGUCAGACAAUGAGUUGUUUGGGUUUGGUGGCGUUUCACAGAGCAACAACGCUCUUCCAGCUAGCAGUAAAUAUUCCACAAGACUUGAAGAAUUUGCUUGUAUAUGUGCAUUGCCCUUUAUAAGGCAAAAAGCAGUAGUCCGCUGCAGACUGCUGCUGAAUGUGAUUCAGAGCAGACAAAAACAUGGCUCUGCUCCAUUUGGAUAAUCAAUGCAUGGCUCAAAUUCCACUCUGCGAGGACUUACUGGCAUCUCAGUUAAUAAUCAACAGCAUUUUUUUGAAGGAUUUUUUUUUCUUUCUUCAUGUUAAAUGUUGUUAGGCUGGGGGAGGUCAAAACCCAUUCAAUGGAGCCAUUGUCUAACCCCAAUGCCCCCGUCAGUGCUGUCCUAAGUUGCACAUCCCGAACGACGAUCGUUUCAGAGGUUUGAUAAGAAAGCUGUCUGCAAAAGUCCGAGGCUCUGUGGCAGUGUGCCCUUCUGAGGCUUGUAGUCCUGGAGGGGAUCAUUUGUAGUAAACAAACCACCUCUUACAUCACACUGCUUCAACAGUUAGCAUAUUUAAACCUCUGAGAUGUUUAGAUUGUCCACACGAUGACUGGUGUCAUCACUGGGAGGGCUGAGAUGUUUGGUGAAUGUGUACAACCGCCUCAUUCACGAGUUUUCCCCUGCAAGUGUCUUGAUCUUUUUAUACGGGUUUUGUUUUAAAAUGAGAUCUUUACAAAAAAUGUCAAAUUUCUUAUCCAAACCUGUUUUUUGAAUAACAAUGUGAGGACUUUAUUUAAUACAUUCAGCUAUUAAAUGCUAACAUUAUUAUGAAGUUGUUAGUGUUCAGAUUCAUAUGUAAUAUUUUGUAUUAUAAUGUGAAUAUACUGUUUUGGAGUAAAAUCCUUCAUGAAAAUAGCUGCAGUCAGCUGAAGACAUUACAUCUCCACAAUGGUCAGACUGACCAAAAGAAAGAAAAAAGAAAAAGAAAAAAAAACCUAAUUUUGCAUUGAUAAUGUGUUUUUAAUGUUUUAAAAUGCUCUCUACAUCCACCUAAAGCACCAAUGAACACCUUUAGUUUUCGGAUUUUGCUUUCCUAUAUAUCUGCUUUCAGAUGUUCGGAGUGCAUUUGGGAUGUUUUUGGUCAUUCCACAUAUAAAGGGAAAAAGAAAAUGUGAACAUCUGUUGCAGAGACUUUUUUCUUUUAAGACCAGACUGUGACAUUGUUCAAGCACAACUCACAGAUGUUGCAUUUGAAUGACAUUUUCUCCUCAUUUUUAAAUCACUUUAUAAAUCUGAUAUGCAAUCAUAAAUCAUGGACUUGUGUUUACACUGCUGUUUGAUUUUGUGAAAUUUGUAUUUGCCCAAGGUGUAACAUCUGCUAUACUGAGGAAUGACUUUGAACUUCACCCCCAAAAUGGUCUGUUUCCCCCCCUUUUUGUAGAUGCUCAUGUUCCAUACCUUUAGCUUUAAUAUAAAACUAAUUAAUUUCACUAAAACCAGUCAGGAGCUGAAAUUGUGACAAAGCAACUCAUUUGAUGUACUUGUGAACCUCUGAUCCAGCUCAGUAGAGGAAACAUAAAACAAGUAAAAAAAAAAAAGUCAAGUUUUUAUGUAUGUGCUCCUUAAAAGUGUGGAUACGUCUCGAACGUGGUUAAAACAAGGAAGUAUAUUGUCACCUGUAAGCUAACCAGAGAGAAAAGUAAAAGCAGCUAACAAGCCCGUGCUGAAGGUUUCAUAACACUAAAUAUUUGUCAUUUACAUUUUGAAGAAAUUAUAUCCUUUUGUACUUUUCAUGUUUAUAUAUAUGUUUAACCUUUGACAGUUUUGUGAUUGUGACAGGGUAUAAAUAACUGCCAGGCUCUUGGGAAUUUGUACUUUCAUGUUUUUCUUCUUUGUUGGUCAGUAAGUCCCAUCAUGUAAAUGCAAUCAAUGUGGUAGCUAAUUUCAUUGAAUACAUUGUGACUAGUUGCUCUACUGUUGGGGUUGAGGGAGGGGAGAGUAAAUAAAUGCUUAAUAAUGA